AUGCCCGAGUUAACCCUGGUCGAUGGAUCUGGUGUUCUUCGGGACUUACCUGCCAAGCUUACAUGGCAGGUCAUCGUUUGUACCGUUAUUGCAGCCUGUGGUGGUCUCAUGUUUGGGUACGACAUUGGAAUUUCGGGAGGAGUGACAGGAAUGGAUAUGUUUUUGGAAAAGUUCUUCCCUGAAGUUUAUGUCAAGAAGCAUCAAGCUAAAGCAAACAACUACUGCAAAUUUAACAGUCAACUUCUCCAGCUCUUCACAUCUUCCCUCUACCUUGCAGCCAUUGUAGCUUGCUUUAUCGGCUCAAUUUGUUGCAAGAAAAGGGGCCGCAAACCCACCAUGCAGAUUGCCUCCGUCUUCUUUCUUGUUGGUGCCAUUUUAAAUGCUGCUGCUCUCAACAUUGGCAUGUUGAUCGCUGGAAGGCUUUGUCUGGGCGCUGGAAUUGGUUUUGGAAACCAGGCAGUGCCAUUAUUCAUAUCAGAAAUUGCACCUGCAAGGUACAGAGGAGGCCUUAAUCUUUGUUUUCAGCUCCUUAUCACAAUAGGCAUUCUAACAGCUAAUGUGAUCAAUUAUGCCACUUCAAAAUUACACCCCUAUGGUUGGAGAAUUUCACUGGGUGGUGCAGCAUGCCCUGCUUUACUUCUCCUCCUUGGCUCUCUUAUGAUCGUGGAGACUCCGACGAGCCUCAUAGAACGAGGGAAGGAUGAAGAAGGGUUGUAUACUUUGAAGAAGAUUAGAGGCGUUGAUAAUGUUGAUAAAGAGUACGAAGAAAUUUCGCAAGCUGUUGAAUUUAGUAGACAAAUCAGGCAUCCCUUCAAGAACCUUUGGAAACAGUCGGGUAGGCCUCAACUAGUAUGCGGUGCACUUAUUCAAAUCUUCCAGCAGUUCACAGGCAUCAGUGUGGUCAUGCUUUAUGCCCCAGUUCUCUUUCAAACCAUGGGGUUAGGUGAGAAUGCAUCAUUGAUGUCUGCUAUAAUGACUAAUACAGUUAAACCAAUAGGCACCGCGUUUGCAAUUGUUGUGGUUGAUAGAUUUGGUAGAAGAGCAUUGCUAAUUGAAGCAGCCAUUCAGAUGUUCAUUUCUUUGGGUGCAAUUGGAGUAAUCCUCGCAGUGCAUUUGCACUCCACAAACGUUGUGGCGAAGCAUUAUGCCGUACUUGUGAUCGUCUUGGUCUGUGUGUUCUUGGCUGCUUUUGCAUGGUCAUGGGGUCCCUUGGGAUGGCUAAUCCCAAGUGAAAUAUUCCCGAUAGAGACUCGAAGUGCUGGCUUCUCCGUUGCUGUUAUUAUGAAUUUUGUUUUUACAUUUCUUGUUGCUCAAACAUUCCUCACCAUGUUAUGCCACAUGCGAGCCGGGACUUUCUUCUUAUACUGUGCUAUGCUUGCUGUAAUGUGCCUUUUUGCCAAAUACUUUCUACCCGAGACGAAAGGAAUCCCAAUUGAUGAAAUGGUGGAAAGAGUGUGGAAGCAGCACUGGUUCUGGAAGAGGUACUACAAGGAUCAUGAUAAUGGUAAGGGAGGGCUGGAAAUCCAAGAUGAACCUAAGGAGAAUACAAUUGCAUAG